AUGGCGGAGGAUUUCAGGGGGAAAGGAGCGCGAGCGCUGAAAGUCGCCGCCGGUAGCGGCCUGGGUCAGGUCCUGGGGGGCCUCGUCGCCGCCUUUAUCCUACGGCUUGUUACCGGACCCGGUCCCGAGAUGCUCGCGGCGCCGGUGGAGGAGGAGGGGGAAGAAGCCCAGAGCACGUCGGAGGAUCCGGAAGCCCCCGCCGGUCCUGGUUCUGCGGGUGGAGUACCGCCUGUGACCAUUCGAUGGAGUAACAUUACCUGCACCCUCUCUGACAAACGCGGCAAGGUGGUGAGUUCACAAUCUUAGUGGUUAUUUUCUCUUUCUUUUCGUUAGGUACUAUUUAUUUAAAUCUUUGGAGGAGCAGGAUGUUUUCUAAAUUUUACUCAUUUUCAUUUUUUUCCGGCAUAAUUGAUCUUCAAACACUAGAGCUAUAUCGAACUCUUGAUCAGUUUUGUUGGCAUGCUAUUUCUUUUAUACGAUGGUGAGCCUAUUUGGAUAGCUUCAAAGCCACUUGAGAUUAAUAACGUGUGGUUUUAGGUGAGGUUUCUUCUCACGGAAGUAAGUGGAGAGGCGAAACCAGGAAGACUGCUGGCAAUCAUGGGGCCUUCAGGGUCAGGGAAGACCACAUUGAUCAAUGUGCUCGCAGGGCAGCUCACUGCUUCGCCCCGGUUACACCUGACGGGAUAUCUGGAUGUUAAUGGCCAACCGAGAAGUGGCGGAGAGUACAAGUUUAGAUAAUUUAUCCCAGAAAAUUAUGUAAAAUGUUUCUCCAAUGUGGAUGGUGGGUUUAUUCAUAAUAUGUUUCUGCAGGAUUGCUUUUUUGAGACAGGAAGACCUCUUCUUCUCACAGCUUACUGUGCGGGAGACUCUUUCUCUGGCUGCCGAGCUCCAGCUCCCAGAUGGCUUGUCAGCAGAAGCGAGAGAUGAGUACGUGAACAAGCUGUUGUUUCGACUGGGCUUGGUAAGUCCUGAAUUUUUUGAUAUCAAAAUGGGAAGAACAUGAAAACAUCAGCUAAAAGGCAUUUUUCUGUAGGUCAUCAAUCUUAGGUAAAUGAUUGGAACAUAAUCUAUCUCAUGUAUAUCUCUAGAAAAGCUAAAUCGGCUGGGACUCAUUUAAAGAGAAUAUGGAAAAAUUCUUACAAACUGUCUUCAUUUAUCUAAAAAGUUAAUUCUAUUAUUAUCGUUUAUCAACCUCUACCAAGAGAAACCAUUAAUCUUUCUCUCAUCUAACUCCAAUUGCACAAACGAUUUUAUCAACGUUUAUUGCAUAUUCAUGAUCGUCUUUAGGUCUUCUCAUGGAAAAAGAGGAGAUUCGAGCCGCAGUCAUGAUAAUGUUAUUAUUUGACAUGCAUGUUGAUCAUAUUUUAUUAAUAUAUUUAUAGUGUCAUAAUUAAAUAUAAAAAAUUCUGAUGUCUCUGUUAAUGACCAUUUUUCUAAUUAGUACCUCAUAUUUAGGACUAUGCUUUUAGGUGUUGGUCGUCUCUCCAUGGGUUGAGAUUUUAGCUAUGAAUUUUCUUUUUCUUCUAUUUCAGUGUUUAAUAUUUCAAUACCACCGAGUUGAUUCAUGUAGUUGAUUAUCAAUUUAAUGUUCUUUUACGUGCAAUGUACAGCAAGUCACGCUGUUUAUUUCGCGUGGAAUUUAUUCUUUUUCUUGUUGUCAGAUUAAUUGUGCUGAUUCAAUUGUCGGAGAUACCAAAGUUCGUGGUAUCAGUGGUGGUGAAAAGAAACGUCUUUCACUCGCUUGUGAACUAAUUGCCAGCCCAUCUCUCAUAUUUGCAGAUGAGCCGACAACAGGUAUGUUUCGCCUUUUCUCUUAUUUUAUUUAAAUUGGUGGCUUUUGAAAUUCGUGAAAAGUGUCAGUAUGAAACAAUUAUACUGCGAUUUGAAUAUAGUAUCAGGGCCAAUCCGUAAUCAUCACAUUUGAUAUUAUUUAUAUUUUUCAUUUCUGAAGAUAAAGGGAAAAAUACCCUAUUAAUACUUUCAUAUCUCUCUCCAUUUCCUCCUCCACUCAAGCUUUUUUCUCUCUUCAUCUUCCCUUUUCUUCACCCCCACAAAAUUGCUUUGAAGAAUAACGGUAAAAAUGUAAAAGCCCAUGAAAAUCAUUAGAGAUACUUUUAUUAAAGAAUAACGGCAACAAUGAAUACUUUUAUAAAGUCAGUUGACACUUCAUAUUUCAUUUCAGUGGCUUAUUUAGUUUUUAUUCAUUCAUCAUUUUCGCUUCUUUUAAAAUCGUCCAUCAUCACUUCCAAUCAUCUAACUUGCGUCUUUCCUGGUUGAUUGUAAUGCAUUAGGCUACUCUUUCCUACUUGUUUCUGUCAUUCAUAUGUGAUUCUUUGUGAAAUAACGGCCUCUUACGGUAAUUAUUAUUUUGCCAAGUACUGUAGAUGAUAUCAGCCUGUUUCUAUAAAAGAUUUGUUAUCUCAACGAGCAGAAAUACUUUUUGUGGAUAUUUCAAUGAAGAUCUAAUUUUAUAUUUUCCACCUCAUUCUCGCACUCCAUCUCAGCAAAUAACUAUGUGAAGGGUUAAUUUUAUUUAUGACAUCUAGUCUUUGGAGAUAAAAGGAUAUACAUCUGUGUUCUUCUUGUGCUACCAUUUUGCAGGACUUGAUGCAUUUCAGGCAGAGAAGGUAAUGGAAACUCUGCAGCAGCUUGCACUGGAUGGACACACAGUUAUCUGCUCUAUACAUCAGCCAAGAGGUUCAAUAUAUAGCAAGUUUGAUGAUAUCAUAUUGUUGUCAGAAGGUUCCGUUGUUUACAUGGGUCCUGCAAAAGAAGAGCCAUUAUCAUACUUUGCAAAGUUUGGGUUGUCCCUAUACUCUUUGUUUUUUCACUUCUUCCCUUUCCGCUUUUAGAAAUGUUUUCAAUUACUUUCCCUUAUAAUUUUUAAUCUAUUUAGUUGAAUAUAUUUUUUUGAUAAUGCUUAGCAUAUAUCCACUGCCUCAUAUAUGUGAAAAAUUGGGAAAAUUCUCCUAAAAAAACUUAAUAUAAUUACUACGAUGGUAUUCAAGCAGUAAUUCUGGCCACCAUCUCCAUUUCCCUUGGAAUUCACCUCUGAAUUUGGUAGUAGCGACUGGUGCUUUGUUCUGUUCUUCUACUAAAGAAGAACUGUCAUUGAGAUUAAUUGAUCUUUUAUGAAUGAAUAGCAGAUUGUCUAUUUCUUCAAUUGAAACUGAAGAAGUUGGUUUUGCAUUAUGGUUUUCUGCUAAGGUUGAUCAGAAUAGUAGUAGGGAUAAAUGAUACGGUUGUACAGUAAGGUAUGUAUGUCUGACUAUCCCAUGAAUACUUGAAAGAAUCUGGGGGAAUACACUUGGGAGAUUUUUAACUGGGUUCUAUUUGCUUACUUGUGACACAAAAAGGAAGGAAGGAAAAAAGUUGAGCUUAUCGAUUCGUAUGCAUAAAACAUGUUGGGAGUAAUCCCGCACUGAAUGCUCCAAUAAGAAAUGUUGCUGAUUAGUUGACCAGUUGAGAACUAGCAAAGUAUCAAAUAGAGAAACAUAUAUCUACAAGAUGGAAUCGGGACUAAUAUAAUUUGCUUAUCAUCUAAUUUGGACACAGGGAGCAGCAUCUUUGUGCUAGGCUUGGAAAAAAUGAAGAGGGUGCUGGUUAUCAACUCGGGCCAAUUUUGACUGGAUAAGCAUUUUUAAUGAUUCGAUUUAUGGAUACCAUUUGGACAUCUCCUGGAGGUUUCCUCCUGAAGAUGUCACGGAUUGACUUUUUCAUAUGUGAUUAAAAGUAAAUUUCUCUAGUAGAGAGCAUCAUGAACCUUCAUUUUUAAGUAGGGUUUUAAAUAUGAAGAUGCUAAUGACUCUCAUUCUUUCCUUGAAGUGCAGGGCAGAUAUUGAAUAUAGUUAAUUAAUUAAGAUGUACAGCUUAGAUUUCAAAGCCUAUCCUUCACCUCCGCAUUUUCUCAGAAAAAAAUCAAUUCUUCAUUUUUUCUGAAAUAGAUAACAGUAGAACCACAUUUAUUGUUAGUGCUGGCGACUUUAAAGAAUCCCAAUAUGUGACCUUUAAGAGAUGUUUGACUGUGAUGAAUUUACAGGCCAUGUAAUCUUCUUGUGUGUUUUUUUAUUUUACUUAUACAUGAGUAUGACCCAUAUGAGGUAAUGAUGCAUUGAAACAUUUUUCGUGAUGAUUUUUUGGCACUUCAUUGUUUGUCUCAAGUACAGUCAAUUAGAUUUUUUUACAUUGACACUCCAUUCUUGUUUUCCUUCUUCUAAUGUUUGAAAAAGUCAACUUAUUGUCGAUAGAAUGAUUGUUUAUCAUUUUCUGAUUAACUUUAAGCUUUUAAUUGCCGUGUAAAAGUGAUCAAAAGAUGAAUGAUUCUUUUGAUAAAUAAAAGCAAAUUUUCAUUCUUAUUAUGGGCGUACUCAUAUCUCAUUAAAUGACCUCACAAUGCACUAAUCAGUAGUUAAAUCAGGUACCAGUGCCCCGACCACGUCAAUCCUGCUGAAUUUUUGGCUGAUCUUAUUUCUGUCGACUAUACUUCUGCUGAAAGUGUGUUCUCGUCACAAAAAAGGAUUGAUGACCUUGUCGAGGCAUUCUCUCAGAUUGUGCCAAAUGUUCCAUGCACAAUUCCCAUCACCAGGAGGGACGGUUCUAAGACCUCAGUUAAAUUCACAAAAAAGCCCAUAGUUAAACGCAGAGGUGGUUGGUGGAAGCAAUUCUGGUUGCUUCUUAAACGCGCAUGGAUGCAGGUACCUAUGUGUCAUAUCUUUUUUCUUAUUUACAGUCUACUCUUUUCUAUCAGUUUCUCAUAUCUUUGUUUAUAACUGAUCUGUUAGCCGACAAAUGCCUUGUUCAAAGAGACACAUUUUUUUAAAGCAUAUUUCCCUUUUGAUGCAUUCAUCUAUUUAGUGAUGUGUCAUGUCCUCACCAUUAUGGUCUUAUUUUGUUGCACCUAAAAGUAUGCUGAAUAUUGAUAUUUUUUAUACUAUCCUCGAAAAGUAUAGAAUUUGUGAAAGUUUUUUAAGUUUUUACGUGAACAAUGAGUUUUUUCAUGUCCUUUAGGAACAGGAAGAAUAGAACAUCAUGUCGUUGCUGAACUAGAAUAUAUGCUUUUAAUUUUGGAAACCGUGUUUUUUCCCGUAUCCCUCUCUUUUAUGAUUUGUGCUCGCUGUCUUAGUUGUAAAGGACAUCAAUUUCAGGCCUCUCGUGAUGGACCUACAAACAAAGUCCGGACAAGAAUGUCAAUUGCAUCAGCUAUGAUAUUUGGCUCAGUGUUUUGGAGAAUGGGAAGAACACAGACUUCAAUUCAGGACAGAAUGGGAUUACUUCAGGUUCGCAGAAUUUUUUGGCCUUUUGUGUUAAGUUUUAAUGCAUUUGUUAGAAUAUUGGGGUAUGUUUGAUCCCAUACGCUGUAUUGUACCUGAGACUUAUUCUUUUUGUUGGAGACAGGACUGCCAAAUCAUGUUACAAGUUUUUAAAUAUUUUAUUAUGUUGUCCGAAAUGCCAACAUUAGUGGAUGUUUUUUCCCUAGAGUCGAAAAGUGUCUUUUUAAUUGUACGUUGUUACUACUGAAGGUUGCUGCAAUCAACACGGCAAUGGCUGCGCUUACAAAGACAGUGGGUGUGUUUCCCAAGGAGAAGGCAAUAGUUGAUAGAGAACGUGCCAAGGGGUCUUAUACCUUAGGACCGUAUUUAUUAUCUAAGUUAUUGGCUGAGAUCCCUGUGGGUGCUGCGUUUCCAUUGAUUUUUGGUACGAUUCUGUAUCCCAUGGCUCGUCUCCAUCCUACUCUUUCAAGGUAAGUUCCUUUCAUCUUUUCAGUUAUUAGUUUGAAUUUCAUUGUCAUUGACUGAAUGUGAGUACAUUUAUACAUGUUACAAGUAGUCAAGCCGACAACCAUCUAGAAUGUGGGGAGUCUACGUUCCUGUAGAUCAUAUGCCCGAUGCUUUCUACUCUACGUACCUGUAAACCAUUAACUUCACUCUGGCUGUGUACAUCUCAUUUUAGAAGAACAGGGGUGUAAACUCGUUUCCUUAUUUUCUGAACCACACUAUGAUUGAGGAAUGCAUUAAUUCAUAACAAGGAUCUGAAUGUAUAAAAGGACGAUGAUAGUGAUUUAUAAUUGGUUUGGGUGCCCGAUGGUUAUUGAAAUGUGUUUGACAACUUGGGUGAUCAACAUGGUGCUUGUUCAAAUUCUACCGUUUCCUUUUUAGGCUAACUAGCUAGAAAAACUGGCUGCAUAUAUCUCAUUUUGGGAUUGAAUUGCCCUUCAAUCCCAAAAAGGGGAAGUUGUCAAGGGCACAUUGUGGUUAUCAGCUUUGAAGGUCUUGAGACGAUAUCAGUUUAUUUCUUGGGAUCUAGUUCAAAAUCCAAGGAACCUUUGUUCGAGUCUAAGAUAUAGAACCAUGGAUUAUGUUUUCCCUGGGGACAUUUUUUCAAGUUGACCAGAGUUCUUCUCUCAUGCUACCGUAUCAGAUAUGCAUCGAAGAACCAUAAUGCAUCUCAUCUAUCAUUUUGCUAACUUCAAAGAACUAGACAUUUUCUCAGAUAUAUUUCAUAGAUUUUUCUUUUCUGUAUUGCAUUUUAAAAAUUGCCUACUGUGCACGAACUUCGAGGGACAUCCGUUUUUUAGGUUGAUGACAGACUUGUGUUCCUCUUCAUACUAUGAUAGAUUUUUUGCCUGGGAUUUUUUAUUAUUCACCACUUCCGUCCUUGACAUGACUCUAAAUUUAGGUUUGUAAAAUUUUGUGGCAUUGUGACGGCUGAAUCAUUUGCGGCAUCUGCAAUGGGUCUGACUGUUGGAGCAAUGGUGCCAACUACUGAGGCGGCAAUGGCUUUGGGUCCAUCCCUUAUGACCGUCUUCAUUGUCUUCGGAGGCUAUUAUGUGAAUGCUGAAAACACACCGUUGAUCUUUCGGUGGAUCCCCCGAGUAUCUCUAAUAAGAUGGUAACCCCACAGAGACGCGUUCCUUGUUUUCUGAUAAAUAAUUCGAGACAAUUCUGGAAGAAAUCAUUGAUUUUCUCGUUGAUGUUUUAUCACAGGGCUUUUCAAGGCCUAAGCAUCAACGAGUUCCAUGGCCUUGAGUUUGAGCACCAGCACUCAUUUGACAUUCAAACUGGGGAACAGGUGAGGAACGUGACUGGUUCUUCUUUUUUCAAAAUCUAUAAAGCGAUAAGCAUUAGUAGAUGCUCAAAAUCUAUCCUUCUGCCGCAGGUUAGGUAAUAGAAUUGAUGCUACAGGGGUAAUUUUAUUUAAAUAAACAUCCUGAAUAUUCCGGAUUCUUAAAAAUUCUGUUUUUUAACUUAAUUAAACAUUGAUUACUCUCUAUGGAGAUUCCAUAAAGUUCAUACCAUUUGACAAAAUUUGAAAAUAUAUCUGGUUAUUCACUUUAUUUUUGUAACUUCAUUAUGAAAAAAUUCUGGUUAUAGAAAUUUUGAGAUCUUUUUUUUACCGUAAAAUUGACGUUUUUGACAAAUUUAAAAAGUCUUAAUAUAUAUCAAUAAAUAUUCCGGAAAUCAGGCUAUUCAUUUUCUGAAUUUUUAAACGUGAUAAUACAUAUCCUUGUAAUCCUUCAUAGAUCUUCAAGAUCGGUUCUUCCCCUGGAUGACAUUUAGAUUCAAGGUCUAGCUAUAGUUGCAGAAAUGAUGACGCUUGAUGAAGGAACCCAAGUGGGAACCCUAGCUCCAUUAGCUUCCCAUUCCUAGCUCGGUCACCUACCAUGGAAUGAUCAGCAGAGUCUGAGUGGCCCAACCGAGACGCAAUUCAAGCGUAUUGCAAACUAUUCUGAAGCCUAUUUCUGUUCUCUCCUCGUUUGCUGCUCUUUCUAGGCCCUGGAGAGGCUCUCCUUCGGAGGAAGCCGCAUCAGAGACACCGUGAUGGCGCAGGGCCGGAUACUCAUGUUCUGGUAUUGGACAACGUACCUCCUCCUCGAGAAGAACAAGCCCAAGUACCAGCAGCUUCUGCCCCCUCCAACCCCACUCCAUUGA